ACGAUACCAUCUCGAUAUGUCCUAGUGAUUCAUCGGAGGUCUCCCCAGUGAGAACAGGACCAAACGAUUGUUUCGCGUAUGUUGGUUGGGGAUUGUUGCUUAUUGCAGGAGACCUUUACGUUGUUAGGAAUGCAGCUGAUGCAGGUUGGGCAUGGCAUUAUGCCAGUAGGGAUAAAAAAUUGCUGGCCAAUGACGCGUAUGUCAGUAGGGGAUGGUAUAUAAAUGAAGCAUUAGCAGAAAACAUAUUGAAUGGAAUAGACGAAAAUGCUUUCAAAUAUCCGAAGCCAAAGACGAUGAAAUCAAACCCACCCAAGAAUAAUUCAAAACUAGACAAUUCGAAGCAGGAUGUUAUGUAUGCACACCAU